CAGGGUACCGCGCGCUCGCGGCGCUCUAAAAUAAAAACCUCAUUGAAUAUCAUUAAAAAAACUGUACAAGUUCAAUCUUGAUUAAAAAACAGUAAUUUUUGUGUAACUCCAAAGUAUUUUUGAAGAGUUUUUUCAUUUAUUUUCACGUGAUUUCUUUAAGAGUGAAAAUUAAAGAUGGCGUAACGCGGUUUUUGGGAUUUUUGUUGUUUUUUCGUCGUCGUCAGCUGGUUUGAGGUAUAAGCGAGCAACCUAAGCCACACAUCUCAUCAAAUUAAGAUAAAAAUAACAAUAAAAAAACCCACACCGGGAGAAUUAAUGAGAUGAGGCGUUGGGCGAGGCGGCGUGGCUGAGCGCGAUGGAGGGCAGCUAUCUCGUUCUCGCCGCGCUGCUCAUCGCGGCGCGUGCGCAGAACACCAGAAAUGACGGGCCGCGUUUUCUGUCGCGCGGGCACUCGUUCCGGACGGUGGUAGGCGACACGUUACUGCUGCCCUGUCAAGUGCAAAACCUAGGUUCCUUGGUGCUCCUCUGGCGGCGGGGACCGGCUGUCCUGACAGCAGCCAGCCUCAUGGUCACCCGGGACGAGAGGUUCAGACUCGUCGAUGGCUAUAAUCUGCAGAUCACCGAUGUGGGACCUCAGGAUGCAGGCGACUAUGUGUGCCAGAUCUCGGACCGCGUGGCGCGCGACCAGGUGCACACGGUGGAGGUGCUGGUGCCGCCGAGCGUGCGGCCGGCGCCCGAGUCGCGGCACGCGGCGGCGCGGCGCGGCGGCGCCGCCGUGCUCGAGUGCCGCGCGGCAGGCAACCCGGUGCCCAGCGUCACGUGGCAUAAAUUGCCCCACACCGCGCAGAACGCGACGGCGCGACUCGGCGAGGGCCCGCAGCUGCAGCUGGCUCGGCUGGAGCGCCGGCACUCGGGCCGGUACGCCUGCACCGUGGACAACGGCGUCGGCCCGCCCAUCGUCACGGAGUUCCAGCUACAAGUGCUAUAUCCUCCAGAGAUCACGGUGGAGAGAUCCUGGGUGCACACGGGGGAAGGAUUCAGAGCAGAACUGCUGUGCACCGUGCUGGCCGACCCCCCGGCAGAGGUAUCCUGGUACCAGAACUCGUUCCCGCUGAGCGCGUCGGAGCGGGUGACGAUGGCGGCCCGAGGGAAUAACCACACGCUGCUCAUCGCCAACGUGCAGCCAGAGGACUUCGGGAACUAUAGUUGCGUGGCGGACAACAGCCUGGGGCGCGCGCGGCAGCACGUGGAGGUGUCGGGGCGCCCGGGGCCCGCGCGGUUCACCUCCCCGCCGCUCGCGCGCGCGCCGCGCGUCUACACGCUCGCCUUCAGCGUCGACAGCUACCCGCCGCUCGACGAGCUGCGGCUGCUGUACCGACAGCUAGCGAUAAACGAGUCAUUCCAGCAGCCGGGGCGGUGGCACGACGUCGUCCUGCCCGCGCCGGCGCCGGCCGGCUCGCUGACGCACCGCGUGUCGCACGAGCUGAAGGCGCUGCAGCCCGCCGCCGUGUACGAGGCCAUCGUGCAGGCCAAGAACCGAUACGGGUGGAACGAGGUUAGCGACAUAUUCCAAUUCCACACACUGGGAGGACCUCACACGGCGCACGCAGACGAGCUCACACCCAUGUACUCGUCAGCUCACGUCAGCAUCGUCAGCAAACACACGGCAUGGUCGCUGUCACUUCUCGCCUUCUAUACCCUGCGCGGCGCUUGAUCUGACAGCCUUACGAUUGGCUGACGCCAGCCAACCAGCGUCGAGCGUUGACCUUCGAUUUUUGAAUUUUGUAACCGUUAUUCGGGGUUAGUGAUAGUUUUUUGGUUUUUAAAGCAAUCGUCACUCGUAAAGUAAAAUAUCCGUAAGAAAACUAUUAUUUGUAAUAUAAAAAAGCCUUAAGCAAUUUGUCAAGGACAAAAUUCUUAAAAUAAUGAGGUGUGUCCUUUUUUUUGCCAUUACGUGACAUUAAUAUAAUACAAAUGAUUUUAAAGUCAUAUGCCAACUGCAUAAGGAUUUCAUUUUAUCAUUUCGAUAUAAAAGGUUCAGAAGGUUAUUUAUUUUCUCGCUGGGGCUUUGUAACUUUUAGGCCUAUUAAUUUGAAGGAGUAGUGCCUAUAAUCAGUUUCCUAUCAAACGUUACUUCAUGAAAAACUUAACUAUAGUUAGAAAUUAAAAAUUGACAUUAAUUUUCAGAUACAGAUGCAUAAAGUUUCCGAAACCUUGGAAAAGUUCUCGAAAGAAAUAAACAAAAUUGUUUUUUUUUAUUUCCCAUACAAAAUUAUGAGAAUUUCACUAUUUUGGAUACUUUUCGACGGCACGUAUUUUGCUCGAUCAUAAUGUUCCUU